AUGAAGUUCUUUCUAUCUCUCGUCGUUCUCGCUGCCGCUGCGACGGCCGCAAGCCCUGCUCUGCUGACGAAGCGCGCCGUGUAUCCCCAAGAAGGUCAGGUGUGCUGCCGACACGACCGAGCCGAGAACUGUAUCUGCGUCGCUCGCGAUAAAGGGGAAUGCAACAGAGGAAUCUGCAUCAUGUAA